GUCCACUUCCAUAGCGGACAGCAGAAUCAAGCAUGGACGACAGCGAAAGCGAGGACUUCAGCGUCCUUUUCGCACCGAGCUUGGCGGUUUCCAGCCAUGGCGAUGCCCUCGAUGACAUCACAGAGCGGCUGGACCAGGCGCUGCAGCAAGGCCGGCUGGCGAAGGAGGUGGAGCGGUACCGACUGGAUGUGCAGCGGGCAGCCAACUACUGCCUCUUCAAGCUCGCGGCGCUGACCCCCGACACCACAGAAGCUACUGAAGGCGACGGCGGCGCCGGAGCGGCAGGCCCCGAAGGUCCUGCCGCCCCGGCAGCCCCCAAACCCGCAGCCGCCGCUACUGCAUCUGCAUCGGCAUCAACAGCACGCCAGCUUGCCGCCGACGCUGCUGCCAAGGGCCUGCGCCAGCUGAUUUCCCACCCGGUCCUCGGGAUGUUGGUGGACUGGGAGCCGCAGCUGCGGGUGCUGGCGCAAAUUGUGGAGCGGGUGAAGGUGACGGAGGUGCUGGCGGCCGCACUGGAGGUGUUCGGGCAGCUCGUCACGGCCGUGACUAGCGAUCGGCCGGCGUCUACCGAUGAGGCCAAAUCCGCGGCGCGUGUCCACAACCGCUGCUUCAAGCUGCUGUCUGACGGCGCGGCGGCAGCAGAGGCCAAGUGUGCUGCUGGUGCUGGUGCUGCACGCAACGCCGAUCCGCAGUGGCAGGCGACACCUCAGCAGGCACGGGCGCUGGCACUUGUGGCCCUGCGCUGCUGGUUCCUCAGCGGCCCCUCGGCAGCGCGGCCGCAGCUCUCGCUGGAGCAGCGGGCACAGCUGGCGGCGGACGUCACCACGUUGCUGCGGGCGCAGGUAGAGGCGGCGGCCGCCGCCGCCGCGCCAGCCGCGGCGACCACGGCGGCUGGAGAAGGAGUGGGCGGCGGCAGCAGCACCGGCGGUUCGGCCGCAGCUACAGCUACAGCUACAGCCGCAGUGCCUGCCGCCACAGCGGGCGUGGUUGACUGCCUGCGGCUGCUGGAGGCUCUGCUACAGCCCGAUGCAGCUGCUGCGGACGCAGCAGAACCAGCUACUGCUGCCGUGCCGCGCGGCUUGGAACCAGCAGCGGCCGCCGCAGCUGCAACCGUAGCCGCCGCGUGCUCUGCAGCAGUUCGGGCUGGCUGCCUGCCCACCCUGUGCGCUGUGCUGCGGGCCUGCGACACCAGCAGCAGCAGCCAAGCUGUUGGCCAAGCACGGCAUCACCCGGAGCAGCUGCAGCAGCCUGAGGCGGGGGCUGAGGCUGGGGCUUAUGGGGCUGAGGUUGAGGCUGAGGCUGGGGUUGAGGUUGAGGCUGAGGCUGCUGACGCAGACGCCGCAUCCGCGGCCGCGGUCGCAGCCUCCAGCGACGGCGAGAUGCAGUCCCCCGCGGUGCUGUCACUGGUGCAGGAUCUGGUGCUGGGCUGCCUCGUCAGCGUCAGCCACAUCAUUGGCACCUCGCAGCAGGGCCCGCAGGCGCAGCUGCUGUCGGCGGGCGGCCCAGCUGUGCUGCUGCCGCUGCUGCAGCUGCGCGCGCUGCCGCAGGCCGCGUCGGCAGAGCGCGUGCUGCUGGUGCUGCUGUGGCUGGCGGCGGAGGGGCCGGAGGCGCAGCGAGAGGUGGCGGCGGCGGUUGCGGAGGCGUGUGCGCGGUGCCCGGAGGUGCGGCGGCGGUUCGUGUGGGCGGCGGGCCGGUGCGCUGCGGAGCUGCAGCAGCGGCGGGGCGGCAGAGCCGCUGUCGCUGCCGCUGACGCUGACGCCGCCGCUGCCGACGCCGACCAAGGUUUGGAGGUGUUGCUGCAGUUGGUGUCGGCGGUGGUGCGGGGCCAGACCGGCAUGGCUGCCGACCUGCUGCUGCUGCCGGCGGGCGGCGGGGGCGGCCUGCCGCUGGUACAGGCGGCGCUGUCGUGCCUUGGCGUAGUGGUGGGCGACGGCGCCAGUGACGGCGGCGCCUCGGUCGGAGGGGGAGCACUGCUGGGGAGCAGCGGCAUCAGCAACAGCAGUGCUCGCGGCGAUGGCAGUGCUCGCGGCCAGCAGCAGGCCCAGCCGCCGCCGCGCUCUACGCCGCCAUCAGCAGCAGCAGCUGCAGCCGCACCGCCGGUGGCGGUCACGGCGGCGGCUCUGCAGCUGCUGCACCAGCUGCUGCUGCACUGCGGGCCGCUGCUGCCGCACCCCAGCCUGCGGCCUGCGACCCCUGAGGCACUGGCACGGGCGCUGGUGCUGCUGGGUGGUGAUGCGACGGCGGUGGACGGCGGCGGGCGGAGCGAGGAAGCCCGCCGAAGCGAGGAGCUCCGCCUGUGCUGCCUGCAUGCUUGCCUGAUGGGCGGUGGCGGCAGCGGUGGCGGCAGCGCCGGCGGCAGCUCCGACGGCGGCGGUGGCGAUGGCAGUGGCGCGCCGCCAACGGAUGACCUGCUGUUGCCGCGGCGCGAGGCGGUUCGCACUCUGCACGCAGCCGUUGGCAAAAGCGGCGGGGGCCUGCUGGCGCGCAUGGCUGACCUGGUGGCUGCGGCGAUUGAGCGGCAGCAGGCACAGGCGGAGGAGGGUGCGGCAUUUGUCCAUGGUGACAGACGCAGCGGUGGCGGUAAUUACGAUGGCAGCGGCGGCAGCGGCGGUGGCAUGAUGCAGCCGCUGGAGCUGCUACAGCUGGCCGCCUGCGUGUUGGAUGCGGCGUGGCUGGCGGCUGGAGACGAAAUUGAGGCAGCGGGCGGUCGCAGUGGCGGAGGCUCUGGCGGCUCCGCGCGCGGCGGGGCUGUUAAGCUGGGGAAGGCAGGCCUGCGACGUGCGGCAGCUGCGGGUGCUGCUGCUGCAGCUGCAGCAUGCGUCGGUGCUAAGCCCACUGCUACUGCCGCUUCCGUUGCCGCCGCUGCUGUACGACGGCUGGCGGUCGCCGUGGUGGCUUGGCAGCACGGGCAAGACCUUAUGCUGCCGUCGGCGGCGGUGCCCACAGCGGCGGGCCCCGACCCUGCCGCUGCCACCGCCGCCGCUUCCAGGCCUUCCUCCGCCGCCACCUCCGCCUCCAUUGCGGCCACCGCCGCCGCCACUGCGGCCACCGCCGCCGCCCUGCUGCGGCUGUCGAUGCACGCCCUGCACGCCGCCGUGGCCUCACUGCUGACCCUGGGCGGCGGCACGGCAGCGCUGCGGGAGGCAGUGGCGGGCAGCAGGGAUGCAUACGGAGGUGUUGGGUGGCGCGCUCCGGACGGCCGCAGCAUUCCUCUGGUCCACUGCCUGGUGCCGGUGCUGCUGGGAUCGCUCCCGGCAGCUGCUGCAGCUGAGGCUGCAAUUGCUUCGUGCAACAGCAGUGGCAGCAGCAGCGGAGGCGGGGACAGCAGCGGCGCGGCUUCCGUGGCCACCACCUCUGUUGCACUGCAGCUGCUGGUGAUGCUGCUGUUCACAGCGACGGCGGGCGGCAUUGACGAGGACGGGGGCUAUGGCUACACGGGAUUGGCGGAGUUGGCAGCUGCGGAGGGGUACCGGCAAGUGCGGCAGCAUGCGGCGGAAUGCGGCCCACCGUCGCGCCCGGCGGCCACCGUGUGGAGCUGCCUGCUGGCUGCGGCGGCGCCCAUGGUGCGCAGCGGGCUGCCGCCAGACGUGUGCGCCGUGCUACUCCCUCCAGCGGCUGCGGCAGCGGGCAGUGGUCGGAUGGCGGCCGCCGGCGGUCAGAAGGAGGGCAGUGCGGACGCUGACAUUAUUGAGAAGGUCGGCUUCAGGCAUUGGCGCGAAGCCGCGCGGGUUCCAGACCGCGAACUGGCACUGACUGUGAUGCGGCUAGGCGUGGCCCUGCUUAGCGGCGGUGGUGGCGGCGCUGACGCCAACGGCACGGCUCAGGAGCCGCAGGCGGCGCAGCAGGCGCAGCAGCAGGCGCAGCUUGACAGCAGCACUGGCAAUGGCAACAGCCGCGCAGCCUGCGUGGCCCUGUUUGCGCUGGGCUUGGUCCAGCAGCUGACGGCGGCGAGCUGCCGCGACAGCCGCUGGGGUAGCGCUGAAGAUCUACCGCCAGGCUUCUGCUGGCGUGAUGACGAAGGCUGGCUGCUGGAGGCCGCGGCCGACCAGCUGCGGCCGCUGGCGCCGAGCCUGCCGCGGCCGCAGCUGGCGGCGUUGGUGCGGGCCCUGACCAUGCGGGCGGCGGGUGGCGGCGGCGGUUACAGGGCGCUGGCUGGGGAGCUCCCAGAAUACCGGCUGUCGAUGCUGCUGUGCCUGGCGGCGUGUGUGGGCAACCCGCUCCUCAGCCAAGAAGACUGCUGGCCGGAGCUGGCGGACAGGGGAUACGGCGCGCUGUGUGGCCUUGUGGAGGAGGCAAUCAUGGACCUGCAAGACGCCAACAGCUCGGCAGUCGGUGGCGCCGGCAGCAGGGGCCGGCAACCGUUCCAACAGGAGGCCGACUGCCUGCUGCUGCUGCUGCUCGGACUGGCCCGCCGCCUGUGCCUCUACAAAGGGUCCCGGAUCAAGCAGCAGCAGACGCAGAAGCAGCACUGGCAGCAGAAAAAGCGGCAGCAGCGGAAGUUUGGCAGUGCCAGCAACAGCACCAGCACCGAAGACAGUGGCCGCGACAUAUCAUGCGAAGCGGCGACGUACCGUGCUCCGCAGUGGCAGCUGGCAAGCCUGAUGCUGCGGGCGGCAGCGCUGCAAUGUGCCGCCGCCACCCAGCCGCAAGAAGAGCGCCCACCGGCAGGGCGGGCAGCGGCGGCGGCGGCGGUGGCGCCCUGCUCCCCUGCUGUACCAGCAGCUGCUGCCCCAGCCCUGGACUGCCUGGCAGAGUGCCUGUUGGCGGCGUGUGAGGGGCCGCUGACUGCUCUGUACGGCCGCCGGCCGCCGUCUCCGCUGCAGGGGCUGCUGGAGGGCGGCAGCGGUGGCGGCGCGGGCAGCGCCAGCAGGAGUAUGACUGCUGCGGCGGCCGCGGCAGAUUUCCAUGGUGAUGGAGAGGAGGAGCAGGUGUUUGCGCUGGCGGAGCAGGUGCAGCGGGCCACUGCGGCGCUCGCGCAACACAUUAGGAUGGAGGACCUGAUGACUGCUGGCAGUGGGGCCAGCGGUGGCGGUCUGGGCACACAUGCUUCUGCUGCGGUCGCCACAUCUGGCCAGCAGCAGCAGCAGCAGCCGCUGCAGCCCCCCAGUGGUCAGUCGCUGCUGCUGCGGGCGGCGCUGUGCGGCGGGCGCUGGUCCGCACACCUGUCAUGCGUCCAGCAGCAGGCGCACGAGGCCAGGGUCGCCCGGGUGCAGUGGGAGCGUCAACGUCUAGCGAAGGAGAUGGAGCGGCGGGAGGAGGAGCAGCUGAGGGAGGCGGAGCGGCGGGAGCAGGAUCUGCAGAGGGAGCAGGAGCUGCGGAGGGCAAACGAACAGCUGCAGAGGGAGAAAGAGCAGCUGCAGAGGGAUAAGGAGCGGCUGCAGAGGGAGGCGGAACGGCGGCGGGAGGAGGAGCACAGGCGGCUUUCGGACAUGCGGAAGGAGCGCGACGCGCAGGACAGGGCACAGACCGCACGGCUAAUUAAUUUGAGUUGUAAGCUGGAGGUAGCCUUCUUCUACGCCUGCUUGAAGGGCGAUGCGACAGCAGUGGGGUCAAUGCUGGACGGAGAAGACGGUGUUGACGUGGAUGCGACAGACAGCGGCGGCCGCACCGGCCUGUUCUUCGCGGCCAGCGCCGGGCACCUGGAGGUGGUGGAGCUACUUAUUGAAAAAGGCGCGGACGUGAACUUGCCCUGCGAGAAAACUGGUCAGACGCCGCUGAAGAUCGCGACUACGCGAGGCUACGGAACUGUGGCGCGCGCCCUGCUGAAGGCGCGCGGGCGCCAGUGGUGACACGCAGGUAAGCGAGGAGGCGGCGGUGGCGGCAUGAUGGAGGAGGCGGUGACGGCAUGAUGAUGAGCCGGCAUGAUGUUUGUGUACGCAGAAUGGAGCAUUCGCCGCUACAAGGUGCUUUAGCUUGCGUAUCGCAUGCAUGCAGAUUGGGGCAGGUGCACGCGUACAGUAGUCACACACACCGAAUCCGCGCAGACUGAGGUGAAAGGACACGCAUAGGCACCCUGCUGCUGGGCAUCAGCUUCCCCACACCCGCCAUACCCGCUGCUGCUGACUCCCUACACGCCCGGGUCGGUGCCAACCCUGCUGCAGGCCAUGUGGGAGGGCCAGGCGGGCGCGCCCAACAUGCCAGCAUGCUCAGCACACAGUAUAUGUACGGCACGGCACGGCACCGCAACGUACGGCAGCGGCCAGCGCCGGCGCCUCUUUGGCGGACGUCAUGGAGCAUGGGCGCUGGAAGUCAGAUGCAGUGCAGGACUGCAUUCGCAAGGCGCCCGUAGAGAGGCGCAAGCUAGCAGCAAGCAUGUGGGGUAUUGGGGCACUAGGGAAACGACAGAUGCGGAUGUGUGUGUGUGGGGGGGGGUAGUUGCUGCCCGGGCGCGGCUGUUGGCCGGCCGGGCAGACCGUAGAUGACGGCGGCGAGACCACCGGGCCGGGGACCGUUGGGGACCUAGAUGGUGAAUGAUGCCUAGGCCCCUGAACGGCGCGGCUGCAUAGCCCCAUACUUUUGUUGCUGCCCGCCCCGGGAGUGUUGAUUGAAGGACGGUGGUUAGGGACCAGUAUGCCUGGCAGACGGUUUGCCAUAGACUUGCUAUGAACGUGUAAGGUGUUGGCAUCGGUUUUCACAGGCUCCGACUUUCCGGGAGCACGGCAUCCCAAAACGGCGGUGCACCGGGGACCGUUGGGGACCUAGAUGGUAAAUGAUACCUAGGCCCCUGAACGGCACGGCUGCAUAGCCCCAUACUUUUGUUGCUGCCCGCCCCGGGAGUGUUGAUUGAAGGACGGUGGUGAGGGACAAGGCGGUGUUGCAAGUGUAGGAGUAUGCCUGGCAGACAGGUUGCCAUAGACUUGCUAUGAACGUGUAAGGUGUUGGCAUCGGUUUUCACAGGCUCCGACUUUCCGGGAGCACGGCAUCUCAAAACGGCAUUAAGACCGCCGCACCGGGGACCGUUGGGGACCUAGAUGGUAAAUGAUACCUAGGCCCCUGAACGGCACGGCUGCAUAGCCCCAUACUUUUGUUGCUGCCCAUACCGGGAGUGUUGAUUGAAGAACGGUGGUGAGGGACAAGGCGGUGAUACAAUAGGAGCUAUGAACGUGUCAGGCGUUUGGCGUCGGUUCGCGUAGACGCCGACGUUCCGUGAGCACGGCAUCAAAUAUUAUUUCAAGCGGAGUUCACUCCCCCUUCUCUGCGGGGGGGGGGGGGGGUUGCACAGUUGGGGAAGGGGUGACUUGUCACUUGCCCGUGUCACUUUGGAAUGGGCCACCCUGGAGCGGUCGGCCGAACUUCGCGGCAACUGCAUGCUGAGUGUACGACUGCUGCGGUGGCGUGUUUCAGUGAAGACUGCUCGAGGCAAUAGGGACCGGCCGCAGCUAGCUCGCGUGGGGCAGUGCGUACACACCUACUGGAGGCUGGGAGCGCCGCCGGUGUGGCACACAGAUUGCACAUGCAGCAGCCUCGGGUGGAGGCCAACGGAUGAUCUACGUUAGCAUGUAACAACAAUUGAGCAAUACAAGUUGAUGGUAGCGAGCCGGGCGGGUUCGUUUUGAGCCAACGUGGAGUGGGGGUGAAAGCGUGCGUGUGGACUAGGGCAUGCCGCAAGGGGUGGGACCCGGACACAGCACGCAUAAGAGGUGUAUGGGGGGGGCGGUUGCGCACCUAGGAAUGAUGAGGGGACGCUAGGGUUGCCAGCCAGGGCGAGGUCUCUGCAGCAGGUGUGUGGCAGACGAGGGUGUGUGGUGUGCGCCGGCGCGGCGCCGUACUAGGCAGGUAUGGGUGGGUGAGUGCGGGCGCGAGCGAGGCGUGAGAGACCGUGAGCCGGGGCCAUCUGGUUGCGCGCCCUCCAGCGGAGCGUUUGGCAGGAUUGAGUCCCAGUGUCCGUAUCUU